GCGUUGACCUUAUUUUGAAAUGUGUUGUCGUGUCCGCCUUUAUACAUCUUUCUUUAAAUUUCUUCUUAAACAGUGUCGUCCUAACGUAUCCAAGACGCGAAAAUAGACGUAUCUGCAUUUAAAGAGAAACGGUGUUAGCUUUUUAUAACACACCAACCCAAACCCCAUUUAAUGUUCUGGUGUCGUGUUAAGGAGCUACUAAACAGCACGUCUGAUGGAGCAAGACUGAUCACAUUACAGUACUUAAACUAUCUUUUGCUGGAUUUUAAUUGCUGCAUAGUUGCAAAAGAAUAACUAAACCUUUAGUAUUUACGAGUACCGACUGAGAUGACCAUUGGUGUCGAUGUAGUGGACUUGUAGUGAGACAGCCUGCUGGGUUAUUUAACAGAAGGAGUGAAACAGUGUUAGAGUCUCUAAUGCGUAACAUGUAUGUCUCCAUGUCAAUUUAUGAUCACAAAAUCUUUUUAAUUUUGUUUACUAACCACUUUUUAUAUUACGUUUUAUGCUUGCAAAUAUGUAGACUUGUUCUUUGUGAUGACAUAUUUGUGACCCCACCUGUAAAAUCCAGGCUAAAGUUUCUGAGCGUAAGUCUGAUUCUGAGAUAUCGAAUUGAGCGUCAAAGUUUGAGUUCAACCGUAAAUUUAGACAAUAUUAAAGAUAUCAAGGUUAUAUUUUCACACAAUGUUAUUUACAUUAUGUGGAACAGUGGUUCUCAAACUUGGGUGGCCAAAAUAGAUCGAGGGGAGCCACAGUUUUUUUGGCAUUAUAUGAAAUAUAGAAAUUCACCAUAAAUGUUAUGCAAUCAAACAAUAGAAAAAUAAGACCACCAAACCGAAAGUAUUGAUGUUCCAGCAUUGUAUAACAGAAUUGGUUUGGUUCAAUUAAAAUUUUAAGUUUAAGAUUAUACCGUAUUAUUUGGGAGCCCCAAAGCAAUGCACUCUACACAAAGGGGGCCUUACAACGAAAAAGUUUGAGAACCACUGAUGUAGAAUGAUUUUAUGUAGAAAACAGUACAUCACAAAAAGCUGGGUUUUUACAGGCAGGGUCACAUUUAUUCUAUAGGCCUCAGUGGAUAGUGCUGAAAUUCUAACACUUUUAAGGUUUUGUCCGUUAUUUAGGUGCCGUCUUACUGACCAUCUUUAAGAUAAGUCUAAAAUUGAAUUGCUUCUCUGCUGAAUUAAAUAAAAGGCCCCUUGCACAUUUUCCCUCCCCAUCUUCUAUUGUUUUGUAUGUAAUUCCUGCUAUCCAAUUUUCUCUCAAUGCUUUUGUCAAUUUGGUGGAGGAACACAUUGUUGGCUUUGGUGUGCUGGUGUCACAGUGUCGUCUCGCUGCGGUGGUUUUGGUGCUUGUUGGCCUCAGAGGUCAGUGUGUGGGAAGAGCCAGCGGCUUUCGGGAGCUUUAGGGCGGCUGCGUCUGUGUCCCUUUGGGCUCAGCCGAGCCCAAAUCCACUUCUCUCAUUCAUGAAAGGGUUACAACAGAGGUCAAAUCACCACUUUUCCACUCCCUGCGAAUAACAGGCAAGCCGUGUGCUAGAGAUGGUUUAGGUGGGUGUAGAUGAAAAUGUGUAUUUUGUUUUGUUCUUGUAAUGACAGUUUCUUGGCAAGGCUGAGCGCGCAAAAAGUGCCCAAAAGGACAGAAGAUGCUGUGAGUUGCGCUGCGAAGAUCUUAAGGGAAGCUGGUUAGCGUGGAAAGUGAGUAGGGUCGGUGUUGUCAAACUCGAAAAUGAGGAGCAUAUCAUUUUUUAUUAGCGUUUCUGUGCAUGCAGUUGCGGACCGUACCUUUUAUCUGUUGUGCGGCUCCACGUAGCCUCACUUCUGGAGUCCCACAGCCUCAAAUCUACAAUCCUCAACUGCCUCCUUUCUUCUCCUCCCCAGUCCGCCCUCUGUCCUAACCUUUGGCUCUGGGAGUCUGUUUAGCACAGGGAUAGAGAUGUGGAGGGUGAAGGAGACUGACAGUGUGCGCUCUCCUACUCAGUUGUUUUCCAGAAAAUCCCACAUCAACAUUGAGUCAACCAAAUGUGUAAGUAUCUCGAUAAUAUAAUUUUUAUUGGUCAAUCAAACAGAUAGUCCUGGACGAUACAGUGCACUGAGACUAUGCGGCACAGGAAUGGAAAGCAAUACAGAAUGUUACAUAAACGCAAAAAAAUAAUAAAGUGAGACGGAAAAGAUCGACUGGAGCUUUGCCUGGGGUCAUUGUAAUGAAGAAGGAUAACUAAAUCUUAUUUUGAUCUGCAAUGAAUGAACUUGUUAACGGAUCACAACCUGUAAUCUGGCUGUGCGUGUGGAUCCUGACAACUCUGCCCCAGCAGAUAAGGCUUUAAUCCUCAGUGCUGAACACAGAAUACUGUAAAUCGUGGAUUUAAUACAUGAAGUAUGAGCUGAAAGGCUUCAAGCAGGUCUAUAAAUUAAAUCAAGGCCACGAUAAGGAAAUUGACAGAGAGAGUGCUGCCCCAAUGAAAGCAAUUGGAUGCUCGUAAAACGUUCCCAGAAAGGAAGAAGGGAGGGAUGGAUGGACAGCAUUCCCUCACAGUGGAACUGCAGCAGCGCUCGUCACGAAUCGCAGAGAAAUCACUGCAGACUGGAUAAUUGCCGAACGCCACACUAGAUGACGGAUUGACGACCAGAUGAGCCUAUGGAUGCUCUCACAUCAACGAACACGAAAAAGCGGAGCGAUCACAACAUAAAUAGACAGACUGCAGGAUGAAUUGAUAGAUCUUUUAGAGAAGGUCAAACUCCUGUACGCACACUCUCAAACCAUCGUGAAAAGAAGAGAAAUUGAUUGCGGCUCACAAAAGGGUUGAAAUGACCACGGAAUUAUUUUUCUGGGCAAUGAACAUUGUGAGUGAGCGAGAGAGGCAGAGAAAAGGGGGGGAAAUGCCCAACCUCUUUGUUUGAAAGUCUCCAAAGUAACUAUAGCCAUCUUCAGGUGUUGCCAGUGUUCUGGCCAAAUGGCCGCUGUACCAGACCAGGGCAGUUUCGGGACUGAAUUGACUACAUCAUCUGGAUUGUUUGCCUUGGACGUAGCCUUCUUCACGCCUUGCCAACGGAGAUCGUCAUAAUGUCAUAAUUUAAAAAUCUGUCAGGGAUGCCCUGAAGACAACUGGCACCCAGAGAGCUCUAGUGCCCCAUAGCAUUAGCUUUCGAUUGUGGAUAUCGUAGUUCCUCGAUUGAUGGAUGCCUCCGAUCCACACUAUAUUAUUCCGCCGGGGUGACAGGAAAGACAUCUAACACCCCCACACUCUCAUACUCCAAAUAAAGACAUCCAGAAAGAAUUAAUGCUUCUUUAAUCAUGACGUCUGUGUGCACCAAGCCGUUCAAACGGCGCUCCAUUAAUGGACUGCUGAUGAAUAGACAAAGCGCAUCAAAUUCACUGCACGGAGCGACACAACUUUUGCUCUCCGAAUUGGAUCAGAUAAAGUCCAUAGAUCUCGGUCCAUCCUACGGCCAGCAGCCACGGUGCCGGCUCCGGCCCUUGGUUUCCGUCUGAGGCGAGGCCACUUGGGAGUGCCGGUGUAGUGGAGGUAUGGACUGUAAUUGUGUUAGUGACCUGCUGCUCACGCCACCUGUCCCAACCCUCUGGACACCAGGCAUCGCCUUCCCAGACUGGGCCUAUAAGCCGGAGUCAAGCCCAGGCUCCAGGCAGAUCCAGCUGUGGCACUUUAUCCUGGAGCUGCUGCAGAAGGAGGAAUACCAGGGGGUGAUUGCCUGGCAGGGAGACUAUGGUGAAUUUGUGAUCAAAGACCCAGACGAGGUGGCGAAGCUGUGGGGCCUUCGGAAGUGCAAACCUCACAUGAACUACGACAAGCUCAGCCGAGCGCUGAGGUAUUACUACAAUAAACGCAUUUUGCACAAAACUAAAGGCAAACGCUUCACCUACAAAUUCAACUUCAGUAAGGUGGUCCUGGUGAAUUACCCGCUCUUGGACAUGGCCAGUUCCCCCUUCCUGCUGGCACAGAACCACUUCAACGGAGGGACCGCCACGCCGGACUGCAGCCCCGUCACCCCCGAGGCCCUUCAGUCUUUAUUCCCUCGUUUGCCCGAAUCAGUGCGAGGGCCCUCUCUGUUUGAUCGUGCCGCAGGGGCCCCAGGACCUGAUGGGGACAAGCUGAGACUGGAUAGUUUUCCUUUUCUUGGCUCAGGAGCUCCAUGUUACUCCAAACCUCCCUCCCUGUUGGGUCCUUAUCCUCGGAACCCCUCUUUCGACUACCCCUGGGGCUUUAACCCAUACCUCCCCGGGGCUUUUUCUCUGAACAACUGUCCCAAAUUGACCCCGGGCUCCCUUUACUCCUCGCACUUCUACCCCAACCCGCUGCAGUCAAGUCUGUCUCAGCUGCCACACCCCUUCUCCUCCCUCCUACCCCCCGGAGACACGACCGGAGCAGAACGCGCACAGACCGGAGGAACUAACGGCUCCGCAGGUGGUCAGCCUCCCAGACUCUGCAUCCCGCCGUACCCAAGCGUGCCAAUUGGCCGGACUGAGCUGGGGAAUGGUGGUAUGAGCGACCGGGAAAGAGGAGAGACCAUCCCCGGUGUCCCAGGAGCAGGUCUCGGUCUCGGUCUGGGCUUGGGCCUGGGUCUAGGUUUGGGUGGUGUUGGAGUGGGAGGCGGAGGUCGCCAGAGCCCUUCUGAGCGGAGAAAGGGUGUAAAACAGGAUCCAGAGUCUGAUUCGGACCUGGAGAUCACAGAUCUGAGCGAUUGCAGCUCAGAAAAUGAGAACGAGCCGGACUUCUCUCUGGGGAAGGAGCCAAGGCUAGGUGGUCGCUCGCACCUCCUAGAUGCCAAAUCUGGGGGUCUCGGGGGAGGCUUGACCCCUCUCUCCUCUCUUCCUCCACCGGUGUCUCCGCAUCCCCUUAAAAGCCUGGUGACUCCCCUGACUCCACCACCUUCAUCCCUACCUCCAGCCCUCUCUCCCUCGCUCAGUAUGGUUGAUCGGCACAGGGAAACAGAGACACUUAAACUUACUCAAAGUUAAUAUGUUCUGUCAUGUGAUUUUUGACGUCUUGAAAGUUCUCUCGUUCUCUUAUUGCAUUUGUGAAAUAAUGCUGUAUAUUUCCAUUUCAUUUUGUGAAUUGCGCAGUGUUAUAAAUUAUAUACGUUCCGAGACGAUUGUUAAAAGUGAUAGUGCAGCACAAAAAGCAACUUUUCAAAGAUUCUCAUUCUCUGUUAAGAUGAAAACAGUAAUGACGAGCUAUUUUUAUGUUAGGAAGGAAUAUGCAUAUCUUUUAGUACAAACUUUUUGAAUUGCACUGCAUUCUUGCCAUGCUGAGAUAGGCAGUAAGUUUGUUCUGCUUGGUGUACUUCACUGAUCCUUUCAAAAGUUGUUAAUGCUAAGCUCUGCAAUACAGUACUGCGCUGAACAGUUACACAAGCUAAAUGCAAUAAUGGCAACACUGAUAGUAGUCGCAAGGUGAUUCAGUUGUGUUGCAAUAAAGCACUUAUUUGUGUUACAUUGUGCUGAUUAAAAGAGAUUUGGAUGAAUAUGUGGUCAAACAUUGCCAUCUAGUGGUUGGUUAAAUAUAUACAUAUUGCAGCCCUGGAAAGAAACUUCUUAUUUAAGAAAAAGUAUUUAUUUUAUUUAUUUAUCUUUGUUCAUAUUAAAAUGUCUUUUUUUAACUUUAUAAGACUGAGAAUGAGAGACAGAGUCAAUACUGCUCACGUCAGUGAAUAUAUAAAGUUUGUAUCUAUUUCACUGUACAUAUUUUAUUAUUGUGUACAUUGUUUAAUUACUGUUACUAUGUGGGAUAGUUGUAUUGGUGUCAUUUUACUCUGUACCUAAACGAAGAGUGAUCUAAACGAUAUGGAAAUUGAUAAGUAUAUAUGUGUAGUGACCCAAAGUUGACAGAGAACGAGCACUUGUUUUAAUACAUUGCUAAUAAGGAUAUAGUUUAGACAGGGAAGUGUGCAAAUGUUUGUCUGCUUUUUCCUAACCGUGCCCUAUGAAAAAUUUCCCCAAUAGAUAAUUUAACUGCACCAAGAUGUCAAUUCAAUUCACGCACCUAAUAUAAUGUAUCAAAUAAUUGCACCAUGUGUUGAGAAAACGGUUAAUUUCUUAAACCAAUGUUCAUUCAAAUGUCUAUGAAGUUUAAUAUUGAAGGCUGAACAUCCAAUUUGAAUGUAAAGACAAUAAUGAUGGGCUACACGGAUGAGUUGAAUGACACAUAUGGAUGAACAAAUUAAUCAUUUAGACACACAAUUAUAUUACGGGGCAAAAGUAGAAAAAGAGAUUUAACUAGCCAGUGCCAACAAUAUUCUUAGAUAUUCUUUGGGUUCUUAGGAAAGAUCUUAAAUGGAUUUAGAUAAGAAGAGUCGUUACAUGAUGGUUGGUCUGCUCCAGCCUCUGACUUGUCUGUACUAAAGAUCGCAGCUGUACAUAGACUUUGUGUAUUUGUGUGUACACAUUGAAAAGAAAAAAUACCAUUUACCUUACAGUUAAGCAUUUUUCUUUUUCUUGUGAAAUUUAAAACAGAAAGGAUGACUGGAACAAAAAAAUAACAGAGUACUAUCUUCAAGAGCAAUAAACAUUA